GCACCUGGUUGAGCCUUCCCCUUCUAAAAUUGCCCUGUCCCCAUAUUCAGUAUGGGGAGCUUGAGGUCUGAGGCCAAGAGCGCCGAAGCUCUUGCCUGACUUGGCCCUUGAAGACCAAGAUGGCCGUCAAAUGGUUCCGUUGAGAUGCCUUAUCUGAGGGCACACUCAAAGCAGGGAUGAUCAAGAUGCCUAAGAGAAGGAAGCCACUGAUUUCAGGAGAGGGUUGCCAUUUUCUUAAAUCCAAAAAGACCCCAAGAAUAGAGAAUACUAACAGGAAGCCUGAAAACCUUUGCACAAGAAGACAUUUGGAAGAAUCAAAAAUAGCAACAGUGACCAAACAAGAUGAGGAAGAGAACAGCCAAACAGAUAUCAGGAUGCAGAAAUUGGUUAUCCAAGGAGCUAGGGUACUAUUUGAAGUCACUUUGGCUGAGAUGAACAUUAUCACAAUUUUAGAAACAGAGAGAAAUCUUCCCAAUCAUUUAGAAGGCUCAGUUAAUGAAAUAACAAAUGGGCCAAUUAAAGAACCUAGACAACCAGAAAAGGAUCCAUUUCCCAUUCCCCGCCCCCAGAACUCGGUAACGAAGUUUGUCCCAGUAUUUGCACAAUCCAAGAAAUCUUUGACACAAAAAACUGAGAGAAAGGGAAAAGCUGCUAGGAGUAACAACACUAAGCAGAUGUUUCCUGAGUCUAAUGACCAGAAGGCAGAAAAUGUUCAAUUUGAUGAACCAGUGGUAGAAGCUAUUCAGGAAGAUAAGGAUUUGGAAGAUCAGAAGGAAAAGGACUUUUUGAUUCCUCACAUGGACAGUGUUGAUGCUGAGAGAGUUCUACUUUUUCAGGAACACGAUAGCCAAAGUUCCUUGAAGCCCACAGAUGGAAACUAUUAUAAUACUGCUGGUGCAUUCAACAAAACUCCUCAAGAGAUGGGAAGUAUAAGCCCUGUGCAAGAAAGAACUAACAAAGAACAUCUUUUGGAGGGAAUGACAAAUACUUUGAAUGGCAAAAAUCCAGAAAGCAAGAAUUUGGAAUCUGGCUCCCUUGUUGAAAUGGAGAUGAAUAGUUCACCAGUGUAUGGGAAUUUGGCUGUAGGCAAUCAAAGCCAAAAAGAAGCCCUAUUAAACAGUAAUGCUUCAAUAACAGGACAAAAUAGACCCCUGCUAGAUAGAAGAGCCACCCACAAAGGUGACAUGGCUCAAGAGGAAGUAGGAACUUCAGCCACAUAUGGGCUUAUAGGAGGCUUAGAUAGUGAUGACUUCCUUGAGGAACAAGGAAAGAGGGAAGAAAGUAACUUGGCCAUCAUUCCAUCAGAUUCUAACUUAUCAGCUGCUGGAAAACAAAGUACUGACAAGCAGAACACCUGGGACAAUGCUACAGAACAAGAGUGCCCCGAUAAUGUGCCACAAUCCAACAGGAUGAACCAAAAUGCAAAACUCAGCCAUGCCCGCCAAGGGUCUGGGAUGUCUACACAGGAAUAUCUUAAUUACUCAUGUCCCACAGCUACUGACUUGAAAGGGAUCACACAUAUUUCUGAAUCCAAAGGGAGGGUACAACUUAUCAAUGGAAAUACUGAGAUGUCUUCAUUUUCCAAUAGGAACCCAUCUGUCAAGGUCCUGCUGGAAGGAGCACCUUAUGCUGAAAAGGAUAGGAAAGAUAGGGAAGAGGCAAAACAUGAAGGGGACCCAACUGAAGGCAUCAAGGUGGUCUCCAACCAUUCAGUUUCUAUUGGCUUGGCUCCUAAGGACUUUGUGCCCAAGAUUGAAUACAAAGAUACCAUAGUUCUUGCUUUAGAAAAAGAGAAUCUGUAUCCAGAAGGGGAAGAGAAACAUGUAACUGCUAGCACUGACCAAGAGGAAGUAAAUCAGCUUCUAGGGACAAAAGUCAGAUUACCUUGGCUGAUGGAUUUUGUAGAUGGAAAAGAAUCUGGGUUAGAUAUCAGUGAGAGAAGUGAGCAAAAUCUUAGUCUCGAGGAAAGCAGUCUACCAGUCAGUACUGCCUAUUUGUUCAAGGAGAAAGAGAUGGUAGCUGAUCCAGCCAAAGAAACUGAGACCAAUAUGGAAAGUAAAAAAUUUCCUUCUGUAGAAAAGACAAGUUUGACUGAAAGUGGAUGUAAUUAUGAAGAUCAUACUGAUUGGGGAGAAUCUUUAGCUCUGGAACUAGAUUUUUUGCCAGAUAGCCAGAUACGUGAUGCUCUUGAUGACCCUAACUUUGGAUUUCCAUCAGAGCAGGCAUCUCCUGUGAAGAGUAUGUUGGUUCCCUCCUUGCCUAGCAAAAAACCUCACCCUGAUGAAGAACAACGGAGCUCAGAGGCUCCAUUGACUCUGAAAAGCACUUCUUCCCACAGUAAACUGCAGCCCAGGGAUGAGAUGGUAGAAGGCAUCUGUGACCCUCCUCAAGAAGACGCAACAGCUAUCAUCUGUGGCCUGACUGUUGAGCUUUCUAAUCUUAACCGACUGAUCAUGAGCACCCACAGGGACCUGGAAUCCUUCAGACGCCUAAAGCAUCGAAAGGGAAAAACAACAGGGAAACAGCCCCCCUACCACUUUUCCUAUCCCCUGAAGGGAGCGACCCAGUGCCCCCCUGCUGUGAAAAAAUGGAAAGACAAGUGAGGCUACAAAAGACAAAUCUCCAAGCCACUUCAAGGUUUAUGAGUUUUACUUUCCUUCCAGGUAUUAGAAGGUCUUUCCAAGUGGAGUUUAAAUUAGAUCAUCUGAAGCAACUAUUACCCCCCUUCCCCCACUGACACAGAUGUUUAAAAGGCCUCUUAACAGCUUUUGGUGAAAAAUAGUGGAGCCCAAGUAUAGUUUUCUGGGAUCAUUCCUAAUGAUUAUUUUUCUUUCCAAGAACUAGGUUAUAAAAAUGGCCUUUAGGAGCAUCGGAAUAUCUCUGGAUCCAUCUCUUCAGUUACUAAGAGUGGGGCCUUAUUAAUACUGCCUUGAGAAACUAAAAGUGAUUGUUGCUAUCCAAGAUGAAAACAAACUAAAAUUGUAAAGAGAUGAGAGAUUCUUGGCCUCAUCCAGGAGGUCUUCUCUGUAGCUUUUCUUAUUUAAAGAGGAAGUUUUGGUUGUAAUUUGUGGCUUGAGCCAAAUAGCACUGUUAGUUUCUGGAGUGAAAGCCCAGGCCAUUCAAGUCCAAGUGAUAUCUCUUAAUAGGAAGGCUUGUUCUACUUUUCUGCAGAUGGAGAGAGUCCCAGUGGACCUGGGAAUAAGCCCAAGGGGCCAGUGGGAAUACAAGAUGUUUAUCUUGAUUUGUAAAUUUCAGGUCAUUUGGUUAAGGUUAUUGAAGGUUCAGUAUUUGUGUCUUUCCUGGAAGAGGAAAAGAAAGUCUUUGUUUGCUAGAUCUUUGCCUAUCCUAUGAUUUCCAUAUAGUUCUCCCUUAAAACAACAUUAAUAAAGGAGAAUCUUUAGAAA